AUGGCCACCCCUUCCGGUAAUAUCCUGCCCCUGAUAGCUGACGGCACCGUUAAAGCCUUGUGGCACGAUAUCCUCCUCUUCCCCCCUCCCCCGUCUUCCUCCGCCGCCUCCCCCACCUCCCCCGAAGCGGCAUCCUACGGUGACGUGAUUCCCACCUACACCUCAUCCUUCUCCACCACCCCCCCGCCGCCUGACAACCUCUGCUAUUUCGUCUGCACGCGCACGCGCUCCGCGGAAGCCGGCGGCGCCGGCGGCGGCGGCGCGGGGAAGGCUAGCAACUCCGCCUUCCGCGUGCGGCGGCGGCGGCUGCUGCUGAGCGGCACGACGGAGUUCGACGAGGACGAGAACGUGCCGUGGAACAUGGGCAUACUUCCGCAGACCUGCGUGCUCGCGUGCGGCGCCGUCGCUGACGCCGCGAAUGACGGCGGGUCGCCGGGGAAAGCCAGCAAGCCGGCUCCGCAAAGCGCCAUUGGCCCCGCAAGCGCAGGGAAUGAAUCGGGCGCCGCGGGAUCGUCGGACGGCUUCGCGUCGCUGUUCGAUUACGCUCCGAUACAGGCUAUCGAGAUAGGGUCUGCACCGAGAGAAAUCGGGGAUGCGUACGGCGUGAUUCCGCUAGCGGCGCUGCCGGUGCAGCGGCCUAAUAUGGGCGGCUCGGAGGUUUCUUAUAGGAUGAUUGUGAUUGCGGCGGACGACCCGCUAAUGAUUCCGGAGGCGAGUGGUUAUAACGGGUUUGGAGUCGCGACGAUCAGGGAGGGGCAGAUUGCGGAGAGGGAAGAGUUGCAAGAGGAGGUGGAACGAUGGGCCGUUAGAAGCGGCUUCGCUAACCGAGUCGACGAUUGGGACCUCCAGGAGGAUAAGGACGCGGAUACAGUCUUAGUCGACGCGCAUCGUGUCUGGAAGCUAGUCUUCCCGACCCUUCGCAAGCCGACGCGCCUCGCCCGUGGAGCGACCUUCCGCCGACUCGAUCCACGAACGUCCUUCGCGGCGCGUCCCGGGAGCCCCGCCACCGCGGCGCCCUCUCGCGUGAUGGAGCUCGUCGCGAAGCCGGCAGAGACGUGCGUGAUUUCCGCCGCCAAGUCCGCGUCAUUUUCGCACAAAUCCGCGCGAAAGUUCAAUAUGCGUGAAUUUAACCGAGCGAAAACCGUCGGCGGUGGCGAGUUAUACCGAAACGGCAGCUACGGCGACAGCUUCGGCAACGACAGCUUCGGGAGAUUCGACAGCCCUAAUAGCGGUGGCAGCGACGCCGAUUUGCUGUCACCUGGAAGCGGUUUUGGCGGCGGCGAAAGCGGAAACGGUGGCAGACGAGCUGCGGGGCUCCCUCCUGCGUCUCCCUCGGUGCGACGCGUGCACAGCGUGGAGGCGUUUGCGGAAGGGGACUCGUCGCGGGGCUUAAGUAGGUCUGUAACCAAGUCUGCCCUAGUUCGAAGCUCGACAGUUUUGUCGAAAAGCAAAUCGUCUCGCACAAUGAAAAAGAGCGUGAGCUUGAAAGCGGAAUUAAAUGGUGGGGAGGAUGGCGGGAGAGGCGGUGGGUCGUGGUUUCGGCGUGUAAGCAGCAAAGGCGGAGCGGUGCCCCGAUCGGAAUCGACGAAUCUUGGGUUCCGAGAAUCUGACGGUUGCGAUGAUUCUGGAGGUGGUCGGUGGGGAAGAAGCGGCGGGGCAAGUGGUUCGGAAGGCGGAAAGGGGUUAUUCACGCGCAGCCGCACUUCAGCGCAGUUGGGGGGUGCGCGAGUCUUAUCCAGGGGGGCUGGUUCGGGGGGAAGCGGAAACAGGGAAAGCGAUCUUCCGCCAUACGCACCCUUCACUCGUCGCCACACGCACGCUAACGACGGUCGCAGCAGCGCCAGCGAAAAGUCUGACGAAGACUUAUACUUCGUCGAUGGUGAUGAUAACGGGGCUGGGCUGGAAUCGGCCGAUCAGAAGGACAUUCUGAAGGCGCGUCAGCCGCAGCGCGCGGCGUGGAUGAAAAAGGCCCUCACCUUCAUCGCUCCUGCUAAGAGUAAAUCCAGGGCAUUCCACUCUGGUUCUACAGCUAUAGAAAAUCCCACUGCAGCAGCAGUAACAAAGCCCUUCCUUUCAGAUUCGGCGUUUCCCGCGUCACUUGACGUCUCCUCCGCGAAUCUAGACCGUCCGAAGAUCUCCUUCGCGUUUCCAGGAUGGGCGGUCGAGAUCAGCCGGGCGAAGGAAUCGACGGUCGUGGUGGACAGCACGAGCGGAGGGCGGAGGGGAGAAAAGAAUCGAAGGGGAGAGAAGCGAAAGAGGAGAAAUAAACCUGGACAGGAGGGGAGAGAGGGAGAGAAUCGUCAAGAUUUGGAGGAUGAAAGGGAGAGAGAAGAGGCAGACGAGAGAGAGCAGAGGGAGGAGAGGGAGGAAAAGGAGGAGAGGGAGCGAGUGUGGAUGGGUGUAGAGCUAGGGGACAGGGUGCCGUUCCUCUCCCUGCCUCAGGAAAUUUUGACCAUGCUCUGUUCAAGAGUGUCCUGGCGAGACUUAUGCACACUUAGGGUUACAUCAAAAACCGUACGAAAUCAACUAGACAGAGAUGAAAUUUGGGCGGCAGCAGCAGCAGAGGCAAGCAGACAGGGCGACAUUAAGUUGCCCCGGGCACGCAAGACGUUUGCAGGCUUGGGGGCUGUGAUAAGUGGUCAGGCGAUAGGCGGGCAGGCGAUAAGCGGGCAGGCGAUAAGCGGGCAGGCGAUAAGCGGGCAGGCGAUAAGCAACGGUGUGGGGGAUGGGGAGUGCACAGUGGAAGGUGGAGCAGGCGAUGCAUGGUGGCAGCAACACCUGUUGCUGCUGCAGCAACAACAGCAGACACAGAUUCCCAUGCAAUCUCUCUUCAAGUCCCUCAUCUUGUCCUCACGCAUACGGGAGAAGCUACCAGUGCUGUCACCUGCCUUUGAUUUUCUGCAAUCCACCCUGGACCGAUGGUGGCAUGAUGAAAUGGAUAGUCGGGCGGAUAGGAUUGCUUGGGAGGUGGGGAAUGGAUGGGGAGGAGAGAGGAAAGAGGACAGGUGUGAGGAUGGGUAUGGGGAAGCGGAUGGGAUGAGGGUGGAAAAGAAGGGUUCCUUGGGGAUAGCUCCUGCUGCUGUUGCAAGUACUGGAGCAGCUAGUAACGCGGAUAGUGAACUCAGAGCGCCUAGCAAGGCGCAGAGGGAUGGAGGGAAGCUGAGGGCAGGACCAGCAGCGCGUUUACAAGAGGAACGGAGGGGGUCUGGUUCAGCACUGGGCGAGUCACAUUCGAAGCUGGGAGCAGCAGUGGGGUUGUGGCUGAGGUUGCUGCAGCGGUGGGGGGUGUACCGGCGGUGGCUGAAGCUGGUGGCGUUGCAUUGCCCCAACCUGCAGUUUGAAGUCAUGAUUGAACGCGCCAGGUCGAACCAUCACUCAGCCACACCGACAGUCUACGACAAGGGCGUCAUCAGCUUCAGAAGCAAUGUGCUUUUAGCCUUUGGCCUGCGUCGCCAGAUUCAAGAGGCACUUCUUGUUCUGAUCGAUGCUGCCCAUGCUGCUUUCUACACCCCAACGCGUGCCGCUUCGGCUGCAACUGCUGUUGCAACUGUCCCGGAAACUGCAAACCUGGUUCCACUGCUGAAGCAGAUUAAGCAUCUCUUUCAGGAGCUGGACGUGGCUGAUGAUGCCACCCUCCCCACCAUCACACACACCCAGGCCAAGUUCAGGCGCUGUUUCUGCAUCCUGCUGAAAAAAGAGCUGCCACCUGGCCUUUUAACUAAGCGCCAAGCCUCGGGCACACUUUCCUUGGCUGCUGCUGGCUGCGGUGCUGCUGGUGGCUAUGGUGGUGGAAAUUAUGCCUCUGGGCAGAAAAAUAGUUCUCUUGCUGGGAGUGCGGGGAGUAGGAGCAGCAGGUGCAGGCGGUAUAAGCUGUACCUGUCGAAGCAGAGGGGAUUACAGAAGGUUGCUAGAAAUUUCAGUCACUGA